GGGAGUUAGUGGUCAUUUCAGAAAGUCGGAAAUCGUGUUCGCUAAGUAUCCAGCUCCCCUUACAACCUGCAACGACAAACAAAGUUUCCCAGUGUUUUUCCCCGAAUUCGCUUCCUCCUUUUAACUCGCUCUUUGCUCCUAACUGGAAAGCGACACGAAAAAUUGGAAAAAAAAUUAUUUAAAAAAGUAAAAUCGAAGAAGCAACUUUGUUAAAUUCUUACCCUUUUUAGAAACAAAGCCAUCCGCAGUUUUAGAGCGUGAUCAAUUUUCAAUGGAGGAUGAUACUUGGAGCUUUGCUUUCUCAGCUUCAUCAAGAAGCUAUCAGUCAACUCUUAAAUCCCAAAGUGAUCUUUGUAUUGAUUUUGAGGAGAUUGAAGAAGAUGAUGAAUUGAAGACAGAAUACCCCUGCCCAUAUUGUUCUGAGGAUUUUGAUUUACUUGGAUUGUGCUGCCAUAUUGAUGAGGAACAUCAUCUUGAAGCUGGCUAUGGGGUAUGUCCUGUUUGUUCUCUGAGGGUAGGGAUGAACAUGGUUGACCACAUAACAACACAGCAUGGGAAUAUUUACAAGAGUAACCGCAAAUUAAAAUUUUGCAAAGGCAACUCUUAUUCAACUCUUUCUUCCUUGAGAAAAGAUUUGGACGAUGCACAUUAUCAAUCUCUUCUUGCCAGGUCCUGGUCUUCACUUUCUUCCUCCAACACAGCACCUGAUCCAUUGCUUUCAUUUCUUUCGUAUGCACCUCCAGCUGAUUCAUCUGAAGGUGUACAGUCUGCCUCUUCUACUGAAGUGUCCUUGGAAGUAAAAGGCUCAGAUGAGAACAUGUUAGAAAAAGAUGUUCACUCAUCCCCUUUGUCAGAUAAGGAGAACUUGGAGAAGGCAAAGAUGUGCGAGUUUGUUCAAGGACUAUUGUUAUCCACCAUCUUCGAUUGAUGGUCCGCUGCUUCAAAUUUUAACAAACGUGCCAUCAUCGAUGUUUUCUUGUGUUGAACAUGCUGAUACUUUAAUAGAGAAAGCUAUGAUAGAUUCAGGAAUCUAAUGUAAUUUAUUUUACAGGUCAAUGUUAUCAAUUAGGCCACAACAGAGUUCCGACUCUUUAUGUUUCAUGUCAUUAAAGCAUUAGUGCAUAACGCCAAUAUCAGCUUUGUUUACUUCCUCUUUCAUCCUUACAUUGGCUAGUUGAUCGGAAUGUGAAGUUUCAUAGGCACUAACAAAUUUGAACUAUGUUUUCAGUAA